AUGUCCACACCAAGUGCAGAGGAGCUGAUGAAGCGCAAGACACUCGGCAUCGGCCCAGAGACAGUCACCAACCAGCAGUCUACUGACUUUCCAUUCCACUGGCCCGGCGAGAACCACGAGUGGAACCUCGACUACUUUAGAGAUAACUUCAAUGUCGUCUUCCACAAAAACGACCCAUUGGAUGCGCAAUUCUCUCUCACCGGCAUUGACACCUCUGUAGCCAACGCCUUCCGCCGCAUUCUGCUCUCGGAAAUCCCCACGCUCGCUAUAGAAGACGUCUACAUCUACCAAAACACGUCCAUCAUUCAGGAUGAGGUGCUCGCCCACCGCCUGGGCCUAAUUCCCUUGUGUGGCGAUCGCGCUACGCUUCGCCGGAUGAAGUGGUACGCGAAGCCCACGGAUGAAGACGAAGGCUCAGGAGGCCCGACUUCUGAAAAUACUGUGGCACUUACACUAAAGACAAAGUGCACAUGGCAGCCGGGCGGAGUUGCAAGAGCAGUUGCAGGCGAGACGGACCCAGAUAGACUCUAUGUGGGACACAACGUUUACGCCAAAGACAUGCGCUUCGAGCCCAACGGAAACCAAGCUGAAAAUCUCUCUGAAGCAGAAGGCAAGCAUAUUCGGUCCACAAACCCGGAUAUUCUUAUUUGCAAGAUGAGGCCAGGACAAGAACUUGAGAUUCGUAUGCAUGCCAUCAAGGGUAUCGGUCAAGACCAUGCCAAAUUCUCUCCCGUAGCUACCGCCUCGUACCGACUCAUGCCCACCAUCGACAUCACAAAGCCGAUUGUCGGUGCCGACGCCAAGAAGUUCUCCCGCUGCUUCCCUAGCGGCGUCAUCCGUCUCGACACUGUCACUUCCGCGGACAUUGAAAAGCAUCCCGAGCUCGAGGGCAAGGAAGGCGAGCCCAAGGCUGUCGUCGCAAACCCUAUGAACGACACCGUCAGCAGAGAGUGCUUACGGCAUCCAGAGUUCAAGGACAAGGUCAAACUGGGUCGCAUACGAGACCACUUCAUUUUCAGGGUGGAGAGCACGGGCCAGUGGGAGAGUGACGAGCUAUUCUUGGAAAGUGUCAAAUUGUUGAAGAUCAAGUGUCAGAGGAUCAAGAGGGGGCUAGAUGAGAUGAUGAAGUAGACGAGUAAGGGAUUGCCAAGGUUGGUGUGACACCGAAGGAUUUGCAUUAUAAUGGCGUUCAGGGCAUGGUGAUGGAGUUCGCAAAAGUUUACGAUAUCAUGGAGCGCGUGUUUUAUUCUUGGGGUAUCAUAUAGCACUCUUCGGCUGUAGCUACAAGCAUCUAGAAAAUAAUCAUGUCAUUGA